AUGAUGAAGUAAUAUAUAAUUGAGCUCAUUUGUGUAAAGAUUGAGGAAGCUGAACAAAGAAUCAGAAAGCUACAUCCACUUUAUAACAUGUCUCUUGAUCAAGUUUUCCCAAGCGUCGCGUGCUGUUUCAAAUGCUGCAGAAGAGGAAAGAAAACUGAUGAAUCAAGAAAAUAUAGUCUUUUAGAGGAUGAGAAAAAUGCUUUGAAAAAAUUGAAAGAAUUAGGGCUAGAAGAUGGAGAGAGAUUUGAUGAUGGUGAAGACGUCAAUUUAAAUCAAAAUAAUGCAAACCAAGAUGUUAAAGAGGAUCCAUAUCUUUAACUUGGUUUUGGAAUGUGUGCUUACUUCAAUCUACUGAAAACAUUUAUUGUGGUGUUCAUUGCACUAACACUGCUCGUAUUGCCAAUUAUUGGAAUAUAUGCCAAUAAAGAUGGACUCCAAGGCUGGAGAAAUUAUGAGAGAUCCAGAUUUAGUAUUGGCAAUAUGGGCUUCUAAGAGUCUUUCUUUGGCAACAUAGUUAAGCUAACAAGUUAUGGACUGAUUCCUUCUACAUUAAAUUCUUCCAAGGAGAUAAACUACUGUGGAACGAAUCCUAUUGAAAAAAUAUAGCACUGCACUGAUAAACACUUUUCAACUGACUUCAGAACUAUUUUCGAAGGUCAUUGCCUAAACAAGAACAAGUGUGAUAGGACAUUCAACCUUGAUACAUUGAUAUUAUAUGAGUCAAAGGACGAUGGAAUGUCUUGUACGAAUAAAACAAGCGCUAGAUUCUAUAUCUAAUACACUUGCGAGGAACCAGAUAGUGAGAUUCUUAUAAAAAAGCAUUCUGCACUAGCAGUUGCUUGUCUAGGACUUUUCAUUUGCUUUAUUUUCUUCUGCAUGACCUAUUAUCUGUCUAAGACUUCUUACAUUGACUAUAAACUCUGGGAUGUGUUCACAGUAACUGCUGCAGAUUUUACAGUAGAGUAUACUAUACCUCAAUAGGUUUGGCAUUAAUUCUGUUCACUACCAGAUUCAAACGAAGGAGAUAGCAAGGCUGUAGCUUUUGAAGGCUACUUGAAGAAACAGUUUGAGCAAAUCAUUACUAAUUAGGAGGGUGUUUUAUCCCAAGAGAACUAAGAGAUUAGAAUUGCCAAUAUCAGCUUCGCUUUUGAUAACUGUGAGCUCAUUUCCAAAUUGAAGACUAGAGGAUUUAUGAUAGGCAAUGGACAGUAUAACAAACUAGAUACAGUCGAUUAGCAAAUUGAUAGAAUCAAGGAGACUCAAAUAUAAAGAAUAGUAAGGCCUGUUGCUGCAUUCAUCACAUUUGAAACUUAAGAGGGCUAUGAAAGAGCUUGCAAUCUCAAAGAAAAGAGAAAUAUAUUCUGUUAGUUAUAAUCAAAGCUAGAUUUCCUAGGGCAACCCUUAGCAUUCACAGAGGCAACUGAGCCAACAAAUAUUAUUUGGGAAAAUAGAUAUUUAAAUGAUGUCUAAAGGUUCAUGAGAAAACUCAUAGUCGCAGUUUUAGUAGGAAUUUUCCUUGCUUUGACUGUAUUUAUUUUCUUCUUGCUGAAGAAAGCCACUAUUGACAACCAAUAGAAAUAUCCACCCUCAAAAGAUUGUGAUCAGAUAAGAACCCUAUUUAAAGAUAUCAAUGUUUUGGCUUAAGUUGCUGCAACAGAUAAGGACCCAACUCUUGACAAAAGAGGGACAGGAGUCUAUCAAUGUUACUGUGCUAACAAAGGCAAGGAUUCAGACCUUUGUGAUUAAUAUAGAAAAGAUAUGCUUUUAGGAACAUUCCUCAGUACUUUGGUUUCACUUCUUACUGUCAUAAUUAACAUUAUUCUCAGAACUAUCAAUAUUAAGCUGAUCUCUUUGAUUGGAUACACAACUGAGAGUGGCUAAACCUAAGCAGUCAUGAAAAGUGUAUUUUUCUCCCAAUUCCUUAAUACAGCUAUACUACUGCUAUUAGUAAAUGGUAACACCCAAUAAACUUUCCUUAGAUUCCUUGGAUUGGAUGGAUAGUUCCCAGAUUUCACCCUUGAGUGGUAUGUAGAUAUCGGUCCAGCCCUAGUUCAGACAAUGUUUAUUGCGGCUAUAUUCCCAGCCAUCGAAUUUGCUUAUGGAUAUCCAAUGAAAGUGGCUUUCAGGUUAUUGGAUAGCGGCUGCAAAAAAGGAGGUCCAAAGAAAACCAAAAAGAAUACAAUCCAGCAAUAUGUGAACUUAUAUGCCGGCCCAGAUCAUUUGCUUCACUUCAAAUAUUCAUCAGUAAUGAAUGUUACCUUCGUCACUUUUAUGUAUGGACUUGCCUUACCUCUUCUUUUCCCAAUUGCUCUUUUGGCCUUCUUGGUACUUUAUAUUACAGAAAAAUUAACAAUCACCUACUACUAUAAGAAACCCCCUAUGUAUGAUUAGAAAAUGAACGAGGCAGCCAUAGGAAUAUUGAAGUGGGCUCCAUUCUUUAUGAUGAUUUUUGGAUUCUGGCAACUAGGAAACAUGCAGAUUUUCUCGCAUGAGAUUGGUAUUAAAGAUUAUGCAACUGAUCCAGUCGUAACAAAUCAUGAUAUUCAGCUCUCAGGUGAUUAAGCACUACCACUCUUUAUAUUUGCCAUCAUAUUCUUUGCUUGUCUGUUCUUCAAUGACCUGAUCUUUGGACUCUUGGUUAAAGGUAAUAUCUGUGAAAGUUAGGAGGAAGAUGAAGUAGACGAGUAGCUUGGUUCUUAUUUCGAAUGCUUAACUCCCUAUCAAAGAAAAAUUUGGUUCUAUGAAGAAAAGCAUCUCUAAAGGACUUUAAAGAUUACUACUAUUGAUGAUUAUGCAAAGGAAAAACUCAGAUCUUCUAAAUCAGGCUAAAAGCAGAUAAGAGAUGUAAAAAUAUUAAUGUUUAACAAAAUUUAGUGCUAUAACUAUGAAAUUCUUACAAACUAGAAGUAUGCAGAUGCUUUCUAAUUUACUCCUCUUGACAUGAGAGAUACACCUGAGGAAAAAGAGGCAUCAGAUAUGGUCAUGAGACUACUUCUAAUCGCAUAUAGCAAAGAUGGAUCUCAAGAUGCAUUUAAAUUCAGCAAUAACAAUCCAAAAGGCAGAAGAUCAACUAAGAAGAAGGUUAUAAACUGA